GUGAAUUAUUUGAAUCCGUCUGGAAGAAGCUCUAAAACAAUUUUUUAAAGUAAUUAUAAAUAAAUAUAUGAAUCAAAAAUAUGUUUAUCAUAUUCUUUUUUUCAUUUGCUAUAUUUCAACAAUGUCAAGCAUCAGAUUUGACUUUCAGAGAUGCAAAUUCAUGGUCUAAAGAGUAUCCACAAUGUGGUACUAAAUAUCAAUCACCUAUCGCCAUCAACACCGAAAGUUUAAUUCCUCAAGUUUAUGAUUCCCCACUCAUAUCUUAUCAUGAAAAUGAACAAGCUAAUACGUAUACAUUUUAUAACACUGGAACUGGAUUGAUGUUGGUAUCAGAGUGGCCGGAAGGCAGAAUACCUUAUUUAAGUGGAGGUCCUCUUGGGGAAGACAAGUAUUUUUAUGAUUCUACCUGGUUUCGUUGGAACCAAGAUGGUCAAGAUGAAAAUGGUCAUAUUUUUGAUGGAGAAAGUUUUCCAUUGUUUGCUCAUCUACAUUAUUACAACGAAAAAUAUGGAUCUUUGGAAGAAGCUUCGAAUUAUCCUGAUGGUUUAGUAGCAGUAGCUGCUAAAUGGGCAAUAAGUAAUGAAAGUACAAGUCCAGCUUUUUCUGGCAUGAUUCGACGACUACCAGAAGUUACAGAACCAGGAUCUCAAGUAGAAAUUCGACCACUUAGAGUUAGUGAUACAAGAAAUCGUCCCGAUGAUGAUCCUAAAGUCAUGUUUUAUUACUUUGGAUCUCAAGUGACACCACCAUGUGCACCUGUAGAAUGGUUUUUACCAGAUUACGUUCACUAUCUAACAUUAGAUGAAUUGGCAGUUUUUCGAUCAAUAAAAUUAAAUAAUAGUGAUGAUCAUAACACACGUCCUGUUCAGCCUCUUAAUGAUCGUGAAGUCUACAAAACUAAUAAAUAUGUAAGAGAAUAAUUAAAAAUUUGUCAAGCAAAAAAUAAUAUAGGUGUAAAUGACAACAUAGCUGAUUUAGUUGGAAAAAAUUAAUGAACAUUUUUUCCUCAUAUGAAAAUUACAUGGAUAUGUAAAAAACAAUGCUUCACUUCUAUUUAUUAAAUCUAAUCUAAAUGAUUGAUUUAUUUCUGCUAAUUGGAUUAUUGUAAAUAAAGGAGUAAGAUCUAUGGAAUAUUGACAAAGACAAAUGACUACUUUUAAUCACCCAAUUUGAUCAAUU